UGGUCUGUUCACAAGUUCUAUGUGUGAAUUUAUCUGCUUUAUGAUUAACAGACAGUGUGUACGAUUCUCUUGACCAGUUAUCAAUAUCAUUGCUGUAGAGUUGUACAAACAUUUAUUUAAGAAUUUUUAUACAAUUUAUUUUGAUAAUGUCUCGUUUUUUGGAAAUUCAACCGAAAGCUGCAUUAACUAUCGGAAUAUCAACAGCUUUAGCUGCCGGAAUAGCCUACGGUUCUGUCAAAUUAUUCAAACGCAUUCAGAGUAAUCGGCCACCGACAAAAUGGCGCAAAGUGGGUGAAAUAUCGCACGUUUACUGCUUCCCGGUGAAAUCAUGCGGACCGACUGCCUUGGACGAAAUCGAUUGCGGAAAACUGGGUCCACACUAUGGUGAACUUCGUGAUCGAGUUUUUCUGGUUGUACGGCCCAGUGGAGAGUUUGUAACCGCUCGAACCUAUCCGAAAAUGGUAGUGAUUAGGCCGAAAAUUGUUGGAGACGUGAUGACGAUCACAGCCCCAGGAAUGGAAGAAAUCAAAAUCACCAUCCGGCAACUGUACACGUCAGACAAACUAAUAAAGGUGAAAGUGCAUAAAGAUGAAGCCAAUUGCAUCGAUUGUGGCGACGAGGCUGCACAAUGGUUUUCCAAGUACAUUCUAGGCGACAACGAAGGCUUACGUCUGGUGUUUUAUCCAAGCUCCGAACCAAAGCCAGUCGUAAAGGAUCGAACAAUUGAACGAAAGGAUACCGGUGCUUUGCACGACGAAACCAGUUACAUGCUAAUGAAUCAAGCUUCAUUCGACGAUCUGAACACGAGAAUCGAAUCGCCGGUAACGCCUUUGCAAUAUCGUCCGAAUUUUGUGGUCACGGGCCCGUAUGCAUGGGCUGAGGAUAAUUGGAAAUGGGUGAAAAUUGGAAAUGAAACUAUUUUCAAGAAUAUUCAGCCGUGCAUUCGAUGCAUUUUGACUAAUAUCGAUCCGGCUACCGGAGAAAGGCAUCCGAAUAUGGAGCCACUCAAGACAUUGAAAAAGUUCCGUACAUUUGAAGAAAUUGCACCGAAUCCGUGGUUCGGUAUUCAUCUUGGAAUACGGUCUGAUGGCAAAGUGAAACUGGGUGAUGAGGUUUAUGUUGGCUAGUCGGACAAUGUCAAUGAGUAGCGUUCAUUCAGUGAGGGGUUUCUAGCAGGAACCCCGAUUUCCUUUUCGUAGUUUUCAAUAUUCCUGUUCGAAUCGUGCGAUUUUUCAUUUGGUUUUUUUCUUCUUGUAAAUCUUGUAGACAAGGCAAGACAAGGCAAAAGUGAUUUUAAGUUCAGAUUCGAGGUUGAUCAAAAUUGUAAUAAAAAGUUCUA